AUGGCACAGAGAACUGGACUCGAAGAUCCAGAGAGGUAUCUCUUUGUGGACAGGGCAGUCAUCUACAACCCUGCCACUCAGGCUGAUUGGACGGCCAAAAAGCUAGUGUGGAUCCCGUCGGAACGCCAUGGCUUUGAGGCAGCUAGUAUCAAAGAAGAACGGGGAGAUGAAGUUAUGGUGGAGUUGGCGGAGAAUGGAAAGAAAGCAAUGGUCAACAAAGAUGAUAUUCAGAAGAUGAACCCACCUAAGUUUUCCAAGGUGGAGGAUAUGGCAGAAUUGACGUGCUUGAACGAAGCUUCUGUUUUACAUAAUCUGAAGGAUCGUUACUAUUCAGGACUUAUCUAUACCUACUCUGGACUCUUCUGUGUAGUCAUAAAUCCUUACAAGAACCUUCCAAUUUACUCUGAGAAUAUUAUUGAAAUGUACAGAGGGAAGAAGCGUCAUGAGAUGCCUCCACACAUCUACGCUAUAUCAGAAUCUGCUUACAGAUGCAUGCUUCAAGAUCGUGAGGACCAGUCAAUUCUUUGCACGGGCGAAUCAGGUGCCGGGAAGACAGAAAACACUAAGAAAGUCAUUCAGUACCUUGCUCAUGUUGCUUCUUCACACAAAGGACGAAAGGACCAUAAUAUUCCUGGGGAACUUGAACGGCAACUUUUGCAAGCAAAUCCAAUCCUGGAAUCAUUUGGAAAUGCAAAGACUGUGAAAAAUGAUAACUCAUCUCGUUUUGGCAAGUUUAUUAGGAUCAACUUCGAUGUAACUGGCUAUAUCGUUGGGGCCAACAUUGAAACAUACCUUCUGGAAAAAUCUCGUGCUGUUCGUCAAGCAAAAGAUGAACGUACUUUUCAUAUCUUUUACCAGUUGUUAUCUGGAGCAGGAGAACAUCUGAAGUCUGAUUUGCUCCUUGAAGGAUUUAAUAACUACAGAUUUCUCUCUAAUGGCUAUAUUCCUAUUCCGGGACAACAAGACAAAGAUAACUUCCAGGAGACGAUGGAGGCAAUGCAUAUAAUGGGCUUCUCCCAUGAAGAGAUUCUGUCAAUGCUUAAAGUGGUAUCUUCAGUGCUUCAGUUUGGAAAUAUUUCUUUCAAAAAGGAGCGAAACACUGAUCAAGCCUCCAUGCCGGAAAAUACAGUUGCACAGAAGCUCUGCCAUCUUCUUGGCAUGAAUGUGAUGGAGUUCACUCGGGCCAUUCUCACCCCCCGGAUCAAGGUUGGCCGAGACUACGUGCAGAAAGCCCAGACCAAAGAACAAGCAGAUUUUGCAGUAGAAGCUUUGGCAAAAGCUACCUAUGAGCGGCUCUUCCGCUGGCUCGUUCACCGCAUCAAUAAAGCUCUGGACAGGACUAAACGGCAAGGGGCCUCCUUCAUUGGGAUCCUUGACAUCGCUGGAUUUGAGAUUUUUGAGCUGAACUCGUUCGAGCAACUGUGCAUCAACUACACCAACGAGAAGCUGCAGCAGCUCUUCAACCACACCAUGUUCAUCCUGGAGCAGGAGGAGUACCAGCGUGAGGGCAUCGAGUGGAACUUCAUCGACUUUGGCCUCGACCUGCAGCCCUGCAUUGACCUCAUCGAGAGACCCGCUAACCCUCCUGGCGUGCUGGCCCUUCUGGAUGAAGAGUGCUGGUUCCCUAAAGCCACAGAUAAGACCUUUGUUGAAAAGCUCGUUCAAGAGCAAGGGUCCCACUCCAAGUUUCAGAAACCACGUCAGUUGAAAGACAAAGCUGAUUUUUGCAUUAUCCAUUAUGCAGGGAAGGUGGACUACAAGGCAGACGAGUGGCUGAUGAAGAACAUGGACCCCCUGAAUGACAACGUGGCCACCCUCCUGCACCAGUCCUCUGACAGAUUCGUGGCGGAGCUCUGGAAGGAUGUGGACCGGAUCGUGGGUCUGGAUCAGGUCACGGGGAUGACGGAGACGGCUUUCGGCUCCGCCUAUAAAACCAAGAAGGGCAUGUUCCGCACCGUCGGGCAGCUCUACAAAGAAUCGCUCACCAAGCUGAUGGCGACGCUCCGGAACACCAACCCCAACUUCGUGCGCUGCAUCAUCCCGAAUCAUGAGAAGCGGGCUGGGAAACUGGACCCACACCUGGUGCUGGAUCAGCUACGCUGCAAUGGCGUCCUGGAAGGGAUCCGCAUCUGCCGCCAGGGGUUCCCCAACCGGAUCGUUUUCCAGGAAUUCAGACAGAGAUACGAGAUCCUCACUCCAAAUGCUAUCCCUAAGGGUUUCAUGGAUGGCAAACAGGCUUGCGAACGAAUGAUCCGGGCUUUAGAAUUGGACCCAAACUUGUACAGAAUUGGACAGAGCAAGAUAUUUUUCAGAGCUGGAGUCUUGGCACACUUAGAGGAAGAACGAGAUUUAAAAAUUACCGACAUCAUUAUCUUCUUCCAAGCUGUUUGCAGGGGUUAUUUAGCCAGAAAGGCCUUCGCCAAGAAGCAGCAGCAGCUGAGUGCCCUGAAGGUGCUGCAGCGCAACUGUGCCGCGUACCUGAAGCUGCGGCACUGGCAGUGGUGGCGCGUCUUCACCAAGGUGAAACCACUCCUACAAGUCACUCGCCAAGAGGAGGAGCUCCAGGCCAAAGAUGAAGAGCUGCUGAAGGUGAAGGAGAAGCAGACGAAGGUGGAAGGGGAGCUGGAGGAGAUGGAGAGGAAGCACCAACAGCUGCUGGAGGAGAAGAAUAUCCUGGCAGAGCAGCUGCAGGCAGAGACUGAGCUCUUUGCCGAAGCAGAGGAGAUGAGGGCCAGACUUGCUGCUAAGAAGCAGGAAUUAGAAGAGAUACUCCACGACUUGGAGUCUAGGGUAGAAGAAGAAGAAGAAAGAAACCAAAUCCUCCAAAAUGAAAAGAAGAAAAUGCAAGCACACAUUCAGGACCUGGAGGAGCAGCUAGAUGAGGAGGAGGGGGCUCGCCAGAAGCUGCAGCUGGAGAAGGUGACGGCGGAGGCCAAGAUCAAGAAAAUGGAAGAAGAGAUUCUGCUUCUGGAGGACCAGAACUCCAAGUUUAUCAAAGAAAAGAAACUCAUGGAAGAUCGCAUUGCGGAAUGUUCCUCUCAGCUGGCUGAGGAGGAAGAAAAGGCAAAAAACUUGGCCAAAAUCAGGAAUAAGCAAGAAGUGAUGAUCUCAGAUUUAGAAGAGCGCUUAAAGAAGGAGGAGAAGACACGCCAGGAGCUGGAGAAGGCCAAAAGGAAACUGGACGGGGAGACCACGGACCUGCAAGACCAGAUCGCCGAGCUCCAGGCGCAGAUCGACGAGCUUAAGAUCCAGGUGGCCAAGAAAGAGGAGGAGCUGCAGGGCGCCCUGGCCAGGGGUGACGACGAGACGCUGCACAAGAACAAUGCGCUGAAAGUCGUGCGAGAGCUGCAGGCCCAGAUCGCCGAGCUGCAGGAGGACUUUGAAUCUGAGAAGGCUUCGCGGAACAAGGCAGAGAAGCAGAAGAGGGACUUGAGUGAGGAGCUGGAGGCACUCAAGACGGAGCUGGAGGACACACUGGACACCACGGCGGCCCAGCAGGAACUGCGUACAAAACGAGAACAAGAAGUGGCGGAGCUGAAGAAGGCUCUCGAGGAGGAAACGAAGAGCCACGAGGCUCAGAUCCAGGACAUGAGGCAGAGGCACGCGACCGCCCUGGAGGAGCUGUCGGAGCAGCUGGAACAGGCCAAGAGGUUCAAAGCAAAUCUGGAAAAGAACAAACAGGGCCUGGAGACAGACAACAAGGAGCUGGCGUGCGAGGUAAAGGUGCUACAGCAGGUCAAGGCUGAGUCCGAGCACAAGAGGAAGAAGCUGGACGCCCAGGUCCAGGAGCUCCACGCCAAGGUCUCAGAGGGAGACAGACUUAGGGUGGAGCUGGCUGAGAAAGCCAAUAAGUUACAGAAUGAAUUGGAUAAUGUCUCAACUCUUCUAGAAGAAGCAGAGAAGAAGGGUAUUAAAUUUGCUAAGGAUGCAGCUGGUCUGGAGUCUCAGCUCCAAGACACACAGGAGCUUCUUCAGGAGGAGACGCGCCAGAAACUGAACCUGAGCAGUCGGAUCCGGCAGCUGGAGGAGGAGAGGAGCAGCCUCCAGGAGCAGCAGGAGGAAGAGGAGGAGGCCAGGAGGAGCCUGGAAAAGCAGCUGCAGGCCCUGCAGGCCCAGUUGACUGAUACCAAGAAGAAAGUAGAUGAUGACCUGGGGACAAUUGAAAGUUUGGAAGAAGCCAAGAAGAAGCUCCUCAAGGAUGUGGAGGUGCUGAGCCAGCGCCUGGAGGAGAAGGCCCUGGCCUAUGACAAGCUGGAGAAGACCAAGACCCGCCUGCAGCAGGAGCUGGACGACCUGCUGGUAGACCUGGACCACCAGCGCCAGAUCGUCUCCAACUUGGAGAAGAAACAGAAGAAGUUUGAUCAGCUGUUAGCAGAAGAGAAGAACAUCUCUGCCCGCUAUGCAGAAGAGCGCGACCGGGCGGAGGCAGAGGCCCGAGAGAAGGAGACCAAAGCCCUGUCCCUGGCCCGCGCCCUGGAGGAGGCCCUGGAGGCCAGGGAGGAGGCUGAGCGACAGAACAAGCAGCUGCGGGCGGACAUGGAGGACCUCAUGAGCUCCAAGGACGACGUGGGCAAGAACGUUCAUGAACUUGAGAAAUCCAAACGGGCCCUAGAGCAGCAGGUGGAGGAAAUGAGGACCCAACUGGAGGAGCUGGAAGAUGAACUCCAAGCUACAGAAGACGCCAAGCUUCGCCUGGAGGUCAACAUGCAAGCCAUGAAGGCCCAGUUCGAGAGAGACUUGCAGACCAGGGAUGAGCAGAAUGAGGAAAAGAAGCGGCUGCUCAUUAAACAGGUGCGGGAGCUCGAGGCAGAGCUGGAGGAUGAGCGGAAACAGCGGGCUCUGGCUGUUGCCUCGAAGAAGAAAAUGGAAAUAGACCUGAAGGACCUGGAGGCUCAAAUCGAGGCAGCUAACAAAGCAAGGGACGAAGUGAUCAAGCAGCUCCGCAAACUCCAGGCUCAGAUGAAGGACUACCAGCGUGAGUUAGAAGAAGCUCGUGCAUCUCGGGAUGAGAUUUUUGCUCAAUCCAAAGAGAGUGAGAAGAAACUGAAAAGCCUGGAAGCAGAAAUCCUUCAGUUGCAGGAGGAACUUGCCUCAUCCGAGCGAGCCCGCCGACAUGCUGAGCAGGAGAGAGACGAGCUGGCAGAUGAGAUUGCCAACAGCGCCUCUGGCAAGUCUGCACUGCUGGAUGAGAAGCGGCGUCUGGAGGCUCGGAUCGCACAGCUGGAGGAGGAGCUGGAGGAGGAGCAGAGCAACAUGGAGCUGCUCAACGACCGCUUCCGCAAGACCACACUGCAGGUGGACACGCUGAACACUGAGCUGGCGGCCGAGCGCAGCGCUGCCCAGAAGAGCGACAAUGCACGCCAGCAGCUGGAGCGGCAGAACAAGGAGCUGAAGGCCAAGCUGCAGGAGCUAGAGGGCGCUGUCAAGUCCAAGUUCAAGGCAACCAUCUCUGCCCUGGAAGCCAAGAUUGGGCAGCUGGAGGAGCAGCUUGAGCAGGAAGCCAAGGAAAGAGCCGCUGCCAACAAACUAGUCCGUCGUACCGAGAAGAAGCUGAAAGAAAUCUUCAUGCAGGUUGAAGAUGAACGCCGCCAUGCUGACCAGUAUAAAGAACAGAUGGAGAAGGCCAACGCCAGGAUGAAACAGCUCAAACGGCAGCUGGAGGAAGCAGAGGAAGAAGCCACACGUGCCAAUGCAUCUCGGCGCAAACUCCAGCGGGAACUGGACGAUGCCACCGAGGCCAACGAGGGCCUGAGCCGCGAGGUCAGCACCCUGAAGAACCGGCUGAGGAGAGGCGGCCCAAUCAGCUUCUCCUCCAGUCGAUCAGGCCGGCGCCAGCUGCACAUUGAGGGUGCAUCCCUGGAGCUGUCAGACGACGACACAGAAAGUAAGACCAGUGACAUCAACGAGACGCAGCCGCCACAGUCCGAGUAA